CCGACGAGAAGUUCCGGUCGCCGCCGGCCAUAUCACUGACCGAAUUCCAAUACACAUGCAUACAGAUCUGUAUGUAAAUUAAGGUUUUCUUUGUUCAAUCUUGCAGCUACCUAUGACAAUUUCGGACGACGAAGACGAAAAUCUCGCUCAGUUCCUCGAAUCUGAGGUCCUCUCCGAAGUCUCCGAUCAGGAAGAGGAGAUAAUAGGUGAGGAGGGAGACAGCGGGGAGAGAGAAGCCAAGAGAUUGAGAGUUGAAAGUGAUAAUGAGGAAGGAAAGGCACUUGUGAUGCCAUUGUUGCCAUCGUUGAUUGAAUUUCAAGCUCCAUCGCCAUCGAAGAGUGAGGUUAUUGUUGGUAGCAGUAAGGGUGUGAACAGUGGAGCAGUUCCACGGAUGAUAGAGAUGGGGAUAUUGAGCAAGAUCCCUUCUGAACUCUUCCAUCACAUUCUUAAAUUUCUUUCCUCUGAGGAUCUUAUAUCAUGCUCGCUAGUCUGUAGAUUCCUCAAUAAUGCCGCUUCUGAUGAAUCCUUGUGGCGUCGCCUGUACUGUAUGCGGUGGGGUCUGCUGCCCCCAACAAAAAAAUUGCGGGUUUGUGCUUGGAAAAGGCUUUACAUUCAGCGUGAUGAAGAGGACAUGGUUGAGUUUGUGAGAAAUAGUCCCUCUGAGUUCAAAGAAUAUUACAUCCAAAUGCAGGUAGCAAAGAGAAGCCAAGCACCUCUUCCUUCGCAGGUGAAUGACCGGAUCAUUCUGGACAAGACUCUUGCUGAUCAAGUGUCCAUAUGGAAGAGGAGCAGAGGCCUGACUGAUAAGGUGGUCUCUGAUCAUGCUUGUUCUGGAGAAACAUGCUCUUACUACCAAAUUGGAGAUGUUUUCGUUUGUGAGAAGACUGGACAUGUUCAUGUGUGUGAUGAUACAUGCCGAGAAGUUGUUUUGGACCCUACCAAUGAGCUUUUGGUUUGUACAAUUUCUGGGCACUGCUUUGAUAGGUUACUGUCACCCGCUGAAAUGGAACCUGAUGUUGAACAGCAACAAGGGGGUGUUACAGAUGAAGCAGAGCCAUUCAUGGGAUCUGGCCGUUUUUG